AUGCGUAUUUCAAAAGCAAGUAAUAUUGAAUCUACAGGAGUUUCGAAUUGUAAAAAUUUCAAUUCGAAAAAUUGCUCUAAAUAUUCUUUGAUGGAAGUACAAAAUAAAAAUGAAAAGAAACGUUCCUUAACUUCCUUCCAUGCCAAAAACAUCACAUUGAUUUUUGGAAUAAUAUACGUAGCCUUAUUGGGUGUUUAUAUAUGUGCAAGCCAAUACAAACAAGCUGCAGAUUAUAGUUUUAGAGAAAGCAGAGUUUUAGCUGAAGGUAAAAGUACCAGUAAAAAAAACGCAAAAACCGCAUUAAGAAAAACUAAGCAAACAACCUUAACUAGCGCAGAUCCAGAAGGACAAAUAAUGAAAGCUUAUGCAGCUGAUCCAGAAUAUCGUAAACACCUAAAUGUUCUUUACCAAAUAUUAAAUAACACUGAUCCAAAUGAUGAAUUAGAAACUAGCGCUGACCCAGAAGGACAAAUAAUGAAAGCUUAUGCUGCUGAUCCAGAAUAUCGUAAACACGUAAAUGUCCUUUACCAAAUAUUAAAUCACACCGACUCAAGUGAAGUAAAAACUAGCGCAGACCCAGAAGGACAAAUAAUGAAAGCUUAUGCUGCUGAUCCAGAAUAUCGUAAACACGUAAAUGUCCUUUAUCAAAUAUUAAAUCACACCGACUCAAAUGAAGUAGAAACUAGCGCAGACCCAGAAGGACAAAUAAUGAAAGCUUAUGCAGCUGAUCCAGAAUAUCGUAAACACGUAAAUGUCCUUUAUCAAAUAUUAAAUAACACUGAUCCAAAUGAUGAAUUAGAAACUAGCGCAGACCCAGAAGGACAAAUAAUGAAAGCCUACGCAGCUGAUCCAGAAUAUCGUAAACACGUAAAUGUUCUUUACCAAAUAUUAACUAACACAGAUCCAAAUGAUGAAAGUUCCUAA